AUGUGGCCGUGUAACCUGUUUGGCGGACGGGCGGCAUGCCGACCAGUAGCAGGCAUUGGCCGGGGCAAUGGAGCACCGAAGACGGGAACAGGAGGGGCAAGAGGCGAGGAGAAAGAGGAGAAGGAGGAGGGGAUUGUGAGUGUGGGGAUGAUGCAGCAGUGCGCCGUUGACCUGGUCAACCCUACGGUUGACUGCGCGUACACUCUAGAGGAGCGGGAGGGGCAGGCUCUGGACCCGGACGUGGUGGUGCGAGCAAGGUUGCAGCAGGCGGGGUACUCCCCGCCUUGUGAGCCAUGCCUGCAGGCGCUGCACCGCUUCUGGUGUGGCCAGACCGUGCCCACUUGUGGCACUUUUGAGAAGAUCGUGGACGAAGUGCUGCCGGAGCUGCGCCAGAUUACGACUGGCCAGGAGAAGCCUGACGAGCUCAUUGAAGCCGCCCUCCCUCGCAUGCUCGCAGCUUUUUCUCUCGGGCUGCCCUGCAAAGAAAUGUGCCUCGAAGUCACCUCGCUCUGUAGCUGCGGGCAGAUCACCACCUUCGGGCAGGCGAUGGAGUUUUUGGAGGCUGCCCGUCCAGGCAAGGGGCCCAAUGUAAGGGUGCCCGUUGGAUUCACAACGGGGAUGUCGAAUCGGACGGCUGAGAAGAUCUUCAAGCAUGUGUGGGAUCGGCACGUCUGCGACCUCUUCUCUCCUUCAGUAAGUGCUGGCAGUGGUGGAAGGGAGGGGGAGGCUGAAGAGGAGGAAAGAGGGGGCGAGGAGGAAGCAACAGAGGCACCUACAGAGGGUGAAGCAGCAGCGGAGGAACGGGCAGAGGAGGAGGAGGUACAGGAGGUGGAGACAGAGGAAGCAGCGAUAGAAGCGGAGGAGAAGAAGGAGCUUGAUUUCGGGGGGAUUGACGAGGGAGAGGACAGUGCUGUGUCGUGGGAACCCCAAGAUCAAGUGCUGGGCACUGCUGGGGCUGCAGAUGUUAUGGGCGGCAUGGAGACAGGCGGGCGGACAGCAGGCGGCCGGGCGGCAGGGGGGUGGGCGGCCGGGGGAAGGGCUGGUGGGGGGAGAGAUUCUGGCGUGGUGAGGGGAGGAGGAGUGGAGAGAGGAGAAGCUGCGGCUGUGAUGGGAGGAAGGGAAGGGGGCAGGUCGAGUGGUGGGGAUGCAGGAGGGUCGGAGGGAGCAUUGCAGGGGGUUGAGAUGGGUGGAAGGGAAGAAGGCAUGGCAGGAGGAGGUGGUGAUGUGGGCUCACGUGGUUCGUCAGACAAGAGGGUGCGAGAGGAGGAUGCGGAGGACGAGGAGGAACGGGAGAUGGAGAAAGCAGAGGAGGAGGAAGAUGCUGCGGAGGCAAGGAGCGGCAGGAAUCCUGACAGCAGCAGCAGCAGCAGCAGCAGCAGCAGCAGCAGAAGCGGUGGAGGCAGCAAUGCGGACUUUCCCCAGAGCAGGACCAGCCCGACAGUUGACCCCUCCUAUGAGCCUUCCGUCAACACGGAGUUCGGCGAGCCGUCUCUUUCCUCCUCCUCACCGUCAGCGGAAGUGCCGUUGCAAACCAACAGAGGGAGCAGCCAGGACGGGAGUGGGGGUUCGGUGUGGUUGGGGGUGCUGCUGGUGGUGGUGGUGGGUGGGGCGCUGGCAGCUUUUGCAGCAUUGCAGCUGAUGCGGAGGCAGAAGUGGAGACGCGCGGCUGAUGGCGGGACGUCGUAUGUGCAGGUGCAGGAGAUGGCGUAUGUGCCUCCCUCCCUCUGA